CCACUUGGUGCUGCAACCUUUGUAACAGCAUAGUGGCCAUAUUGGCACAUUUCGUCGUGACUCGUGCCAGUGUACGGUUGUUGUGUUCCGCGUCUUGUGGCAGCUUCUCAAGGUUAACGUGAAGUAGUUACGCAAGGCAGGCAGGUGAAAGCAGCCAGUGGCGCCAAAAGUUUUCCCACACAGUUUCCGAAAGUCGAGCACUCGCAACGACCCACAAUGAUGUCCUCGCUGCAGUCCGUGUUUCUCGUUAGCUUACUGGUGAUUGCGGUAUUCAUCCAGAAGGGUGAUGCCAUCCGUUGCUUCGAGUGCAACAGUGCGGAGGACUCGACCUGCACGCACGACAACCCGCCGGAUUCGAUGUCGGUCGACUGCAACGACCACAAGGACGGCAACAAGUACACCUUCUGCCGGAAGAUUGUGCAGAUCAUCGAGUUCCCGGUGAACAACCUUCCCCCAGACAACCGAGUGAUCCGUGGAUGCGGUUGGGAUGAGUCCUCCUACAAGGGCCGCUGCUACCAGCGCUCCGGUUUCGGUGGACGUCAGGAGGUGUGCGCCUGCUACGAUGACAAUUGCAACGGUGCAUCCUCGCUGUCCGUCACCUUCGGCGUGCUGCUGUUCGGUGCAAUCGCUUUCCUGAUUCGUGCUUAAUCCAAUCAACGGUUCCAAUUCCACCGGCACAUAUCCACCACCGAACAGGCUAGUGGAGAGCUCUAGUUUCUUUAUCUAAUUUGCCUCUCCUCCUGUCCCGCCGGUUGACUACUUCCCUUUUUCUCACUCUCUCUCUCUUCGGGGCUCGGGAAGGAGGAGAAGGAUCAUCGCUUUUUCCAUCAUGAAUUGACCAAGUCAAUAGCGGUGAAAGUUGUGAAAGUGUGUGUGUGUACACACGAUACGGAUUUAGUUUAAGGAUUAGUUCAAACCUUAAAUCGCUCCCCCUCACAAAAAAACACAUUCCAACGUUGCGGAAUUGUUUCAAUUCAGAUUUAUCCCAUUCGAUGGUAAUCAUUCCACCAACAAACAAAAGGAUCCCGUUUUCCUUCCCGUUGUUGUUGAUCUUGUCAGUGUUAGUCAAGUCUCGAUCGACUAUUGGCCCAACGUGCGCAUCCCCCUUUAAAAAGCAUCGAGCAUCAAGAUUUUUUUUAAAUACAACCGACCGAAUCGAAUCGACGAGGUGUACGAAUUUUGUAAAGAAAAUAUGUCUACGUUACGCUAUUUUAAGAACCCGAAUCUAAUGCAAAACGCGUUUCGUGCUGCACAAUGCUUCUUCGCCAUCGAGCGAAAGAGCGUGUGCAGACGCGGUAGAAGGGAAGAAACAGUUAUUGUGGCAGCGCAAGUGUUCAACCAAAAAUGCAUCAGAAAGAGUUUAGAUUUUAAUAGAUUAUUUCGUUACAGAUAUAAUAGCAGACAGGCCGGCGCCGCCCGCGGUACAAGCUUAAUACACACACAAAACACGACGAAACGGAAACGGCGCGCACCGUUCGCGUAUGUUUCACCUUUAGUAAUACCAUUUAAAGAUAAAAACAAGAAAAAUCAGUUUAAAAGCAGUAACACGAGAGAGACACAUAAAAACAAAAACGCAAAUAGCAGCAGCAGCAGCAGCAGCAGUAGUAAGAAUAAUGCAAACACAGCAGCAUCCUCCCCCAUCUCCAUUGUCCUUUAGGGAGCGCCUAGGGAAAGAGUGUCGGGAUUGUUAGAAGUAUAAUAAAAGCUGAAUAAAUAAAACAGAGACAACUCGAGAAAAAUAAAACAAAACUAAGCUGCCAGAAUCGCUUCGUCCUGUAUGUGUGUGUGUGUGUGUGCGCUCGUGCGCUCCUCCCACGGCUUACGGCGUGCUCCUGUGUUGCCGGAGAGGGCCUAGAAGGCAUUUGGAAGGCUCGGUUCCCGGAGGCCGGAACUUGUAGCAACGGUUUUUUUUCUUCAAUUUACACGACGCACGGAAAAGCGGAACCGUGGGAGACGCAAAUGUGUUUCGUCAAUGCGCAUAAAAAUGACUACAGCACGAGCGCGGAUGGAGGCGUACAUGAAGUUCAAUAAAAUAGAAGAGAGAAAAAUAAAACACACACACACAAACCCAAAUAAAUUAAAACCUAUUCUUGA